CGCAAUAAUGAUGGCGCUAGCAUCGCCAAACAAGAUGGCGUUCGUAAACUUGGAGUGAUUCGAGGUGUUUAUUCGAGCUUUUGUUGUGUGAAAAAGUAUCGAUAAUGUGCAAUUUGUGAGCUGAAAGUGCCCAAAAAGACUCAAAGAACCCCCAGAGAAGGGAUUGUGCAUUGUUUUUUGGCGCCAAACGUGUGGGAUUGGGGUGAAAAGACGUGCGACACAGCGCCGAGAGAGCCCCAAAAAAGAAAAAUUGUCGAUUGUGGAGUUGCUUACAAAGGAUUGACGGAGUGGUGUGGAGGCCCACGCGUGGCCCCAGAACUGCCAGAGCGGCAGGAGAAGCGCUGAAAAAAAACGAGUGCAAAAAUGCGGUCAUUUGGCUGAAUGAACGUUAGUUGGCAAAACUUUUGAAAGGAGUUGAAGAAAUCAAAAGAAGAAGAAAAAAACCUUAAAAAUCUGAGAAGAAUUUUGAAUCAGGUGUGUUAUAUUUGAUUCACCUGAAAGGGGAAGGAGGAGCUACACAGAAGAGUCAGAAAGACGUUAAAAGUCAUGGACCCGGUGGGACCGUGGUCCUAUACGUACAACCGGCUGGCAGCUGGAGCAGCCAGUGGUGCCACAAGUGGGGACUUUCAUCAUCAUCUCGCCACAGCGGCUGCGGCCAAUAAUGCGAGUGUUGGUGCCCCAGCGACGACGUCACAGCUUCUGGCACAGGCAGCGCAUACAACGAGUCUCGGGACGUCAGCUACGUCCGCGUAUGCAGGUGGAUUCCUGUCACCACCUACAGUUGGGUAUGAUUCGGUCUUUUCGCCGUUUUUGCAUCAUCCAAACCCGAAGCCAGCACACUACAGCUCAACGAUAAAUGCGCAGCAUCGACAGGCGCUGGCACAGGCGGCUGUUGUGGCAAAGCCCGAAGGGGAGUACGCCUCCCCGGCAGCGGCACAUCAUCAACCGCAGUCGUCGGCAUUCUUUGAGCAAGCUGGUGGAAGUGGGAGCGGAGCGAGUGGGCAGAGUUCUGCGGGGAGUGGUGCCGGUGCGGGAAGUGGCGCCGGGGCGGCCAUAGCGUGGCAAGGUGGUGGCAAUCAAUUGCCGAGCCCCUUUGGGAUCCUUCCGCAUGAGAAUGUCCCGUCGAGUCCUGGUGGAGGAAGCGGCGGAGGCGGUGGGACAAAGACGGCAGGAGCUGGUGGUUCGGGGAAUCCCGCAACAGCAGCUGCAUCCGUUUAUGACAACUUCAACGCCCACAUUGCUGCUCAAUCAUUGUAUCAUAUAAAUUCCCAGCUGGCCGCCAAUGCUGCCGUUGCUGCGGCCAAUAAAGUAGCCGCCGCAGCGGCUGCUGUACGUUCGGGAUCACCGCAAAUUAGUAGUGCAGCCGCCAUAGCGUCAAAUAAAUUGACAACAGCUACGAAUUUCUAUCAAGGUGUCCCAGCGGGGUAUGGUGUGGCAGCAGCAGCAGCAGCCGCAGCAGCUGCAGCGGAGAGCCUGUCAGCGUAUCCGGUGAGUCAGAAGACAACGAGUACGUCACAGCAGGAGUAUAGCAGUAGUGGGACAAAUACGGGAAGUAAGUCAAGUUCAAGUAGUUCGUCUUCGCUUAAUAAUAGUAUCCAGCAGUCGUGUGUUAUUGUAAGUGCGAGUCCCAUGUCACCAUCCAAAGAUUAUCGUAUCCUUGCGACAAUCCCAACAAUCCCAACAACUCUUUUAAAUAAUAACGGUAAUACUAGUGUUAGCUCAUCAUCUGGUCAUUCCACAACAUCCACAAACCCCAAUCAAUCUGUAACCCAUCAACCUGCAACGACGAAAAAUAAAGCAAGGCAGCAGUAUUUGCAGCCACAGCAUCUCGGUAAGACGCAAUCAAUGCAAACAAAGGCCCAAACGAAGGUCUAUGCGGAGACAAAUGGUGAGAGGAAUGUUGUGGUGGAACCACCACCACAAUCCUCACCGAUAAGUUAUAGUUUACCCGAUAGAAUACCCGCAAAUUCAUAUACCGCAACGUCGGCUGUUGUUGGGAAAUCGUCGCCCAAUAAUCGGCAUUCCCCCGCCGCUGGGCAACAGACGACAACCUUUCAUCAGGUAACACCCCCUUAUCGACAACCGCAGUCGCACUAUCAACCAAAACCCGAUGAAGUGAGUUUUACGCGGGUUGUGGGGAAAGGUGGUGGCGUUGGUAGUGGUGGGGGGAGUACGGGUGGGACGGGAAGUAGUAGUAGCUCCGAUGUAGCGCAGUAUUCAUCGUCAAGUUCAAAUGAACGUCGACCGAGUCCGCAGCAGACUCCAACAACGCAUUCACAGGCAUCCCCGCAAAUGGCAUCGAGUCAUGCAAGUCCAGCCACAUAUCCCAUGUACAAUUCCCCCAUGAAUUCCAUGUCAUCCCCACAGACUGAGCAGCAUUACCAUCAACCACCGCAGAGUCCGCUCGAUGUCACCAUUUCACGAGCAAACUCAAUUCCCAAUCAGGUUGCCUAUUCGUCCGUUAUAACGCGUGCUGUUGCCGAUGCUACGCGCUAUGCGCAGGAUCGUGCAACACCUGUACAACAGUCUAGCGGGCAGAAUUGUUGGGAACAGCCCGAGCGAUCUGGGAGACAAUCUCAGCAAGCACGGAGUACUUACGUUGUUCAACAGGAACGUGGACAACUUAAUGUUCAACAACAGUCUGCUUUUGAACAACAACAACAACAACAACCUCCUUCAAAUAGUGGAAUAACAAUUUUGCAGGAUCUCAGUAAUUCACGUGGUGAUCCAAUGAGUAUUGUGCGUGCAUUGCAACAGACAGAUGUGCCGCAGGGAUCGGAGCAACGGAAUGUUGAUGCAAAGAGCACAACAACAACGGGAACGACAACAAAGCGUCGGGGGCGAAAGGUGGUGGCAGAGAAGACGGAUGAGAAGGAGGAACAACAGGAGGACGCGUAUUAUGCAGCAGCUGCAACACGACAACCACCACCGGCGCAUAGUUCAACACCCGGACAACGUGGACAAAAUGGCCAGUUGCAGCAGCAGCAACAACAGCAUCAAAAUGGCGGCGGUGGUGCGUCGUAUUUGGAUCUUGAACGAUGGAAUCCAUUACCACCGCCACCACCGAAGAUUUUUGCCCCGAGUACAGGGGGGGCCUUUACGGCUCAAGGAACGUUUGGGCAGGCAGCAGCACAAACACUAAUGGUACCCCAUGGUCCACCCCUUCCCUACUUCCCUGCCUUCCAUCUAGCUGCUGCCCAUACUGCGGGGCAUCAUGGGGACUUUGCGAAUGAUGCGUAUGCAGCAACAACGGGGAAUGUUGAUUUGUAUCAACAUCCGUCAAUUGAAUCCCAUAGUAGUAGUAAUGCAAAUAAUGUUAAUAGUAAUACAAAUAGUAGUUUAGGGACAAAUUGCAAUAGCCACGAUGUGCGCGGCGAAGACGAGCCACCGAAAGUUGUUGUACCGAAUAUAGAGGAAGAACUUGGAUUUCUUGCAGAACGUGGUGGUGGUGGUGCUGCUGCAACAACGCAUCAGCAACAUUUAGGAGGUGGGAAUGCCGCAAUGGGUGCACAGCAGCCACCGCAACAGCAGCAGCAGCAACAGCAUGAGGAGCAAAGUAUUGCAAAGUCAAUUGCGGAGAAGAAGUACAAUCUGCCAAAGGGUGUUGGUUCGGGGUUUAUGGGGUCAUAUUUGAAGUUUUUGCAAGGUGAACGCGACACCUCGCCACCACCGGCAAGUCGUGGUGGGCGCAAGGCGACGUGGUCGAGAACGGCGGCCACGAGUACAGCGGCGGCGGCGGCUACGAGUCAAACGACAACAACGUCAAAAAGCACAACAACGCCAUACAAUCAGCAGCAACAACAGCAAAUAAGCAAUGGUGUCAAUAUACACUCCCAACAGAUAAUUCAUCCAGGUCAAGCACAAACGGCGGCCGAACUGGAUGAUGGGAGGAACUACUAUCAGCAAUCACGGAAUAAUUCCACAAAGCGCAAAUACGAUGAUGACGUGAAUGAGCGCACGGCUAAGCAGGCAAAGGGGGGCAUUGAGAAGAGUGCAGAUGGGAAGGAUGUGGCUAAAAAGACGCGACUACAGCAGCAAGUUGCGCCGCCGCCGCCGCCGCAAAUUCCCGCAAAUCCCCUUCAGACAACACUCCAACCGAGUCCGAGUGUUUUGCAAGCUACAGCACCCCCACACCUCCCCCUCCAUCCUCAUCCGCAUCAUCAUCACCCACAGCCACCGCCACAGAUGAUGCAGCAGACAUACUAUCAGCAACCAGAUGAAGAAGUGCCACUGCGUCGUGAAAUGUCGCACCGGAAGGCAAAGGGGCGUAGUGUCCUUCAGCUCCUCAACAUGUCCAUUGAUACGGAAGAUUUUGCCGGUGCGGCGUCCGAUGAAGAGCCGGCGGAAUUUCAGGAUUCCGACACAGAUCCCGUGUGGACACCCGAAGUGGAUGAAGAUGACGAGGAGUGGGACAAGGGGCGGAAGAAGCUGAAGAAACCACGUGAUGCACGCACGAGGAUGCGAAAAAUGUCUCAAGGAGGGACACAAGAAGGGGAAUUCCUGCCAAUGCGUGGGAAUGUUCAGGAGGAGGUGAUCAGUUUGGAUAUGGAGGCAACAAUGGGCAAGGAAUCCGUUAUUCAGAUGCACGAAAAUCUCCCUCAAAAGGUGCCCCAAGUGCAGCCAAUGCAGCAGCAAAAGACACCACAAAAUCACGAAGGAUUCAAGAUUGGGCAGUUUCUUGUGAAUAUUCAGGACGAAGUGACGCAUGAAUGGCCAAAAUUGUGGCGUGUUGAUGGGAAGAAUUUACUGGAGAAGUACGAACCAAUCCUCAAGGCGGGAAAGAUUGUCUAUCGCAAUGAGUCUGUGUUUGCUGCUUUGCUUCCGGAUUCCCAUGGGAACUACAGGGUGAUCAAAGUGGCAACAAUUCAGAAUACAGCUGACUUCCGUACGCGUCAGAAUAAUCUUGUGGAAUGGAUACGCGAUGGGGUUCCGUCGCCGGUGAAGCCACAAAUGCAGGAGAGUCAAUCGACGAGCCAUCAGGGGGUUAUUCGGGAGAAUCCCACCACGCAGGGAGCAGUAGGAGUCAUUCCGCAACCCGCUGCGGCGCCUCUUGUGGAUCUUGGACCGGAAGUUAUGGCACAAGCCUCCGUACCGACCGCCCCAAUGACACCCUUUGAGCGACUAAUGCAGGAGAAAUUGGUGUAUCAGGAACAUUUUGAGAUCUACAUUCAAACACUCAUUUCACAGGCCCUCGAUCCGAACUUCCUCACGGAGAUCAUUCAGGAGAAUGAUGAAUACUUCCUGGGAAGUGUGAGGACCAUUGACAGCCUCAUUGAGGGUCUUCGGACGCGCCUUCGAACGGCCCGACCGAUUUCGCGGAAUUUCCAUUCGGCCGUUGAGACGUGGCCGCAGUACGAUGUCCUCCAAUUGGGCCCCAACUACCCACCGCAGAUGGCGUGCACGAGCUGCCUGCGUGCCGUGGCUGCUGUUCACAUUCGCUUCGCCGGCCAGCUGUACAAUCCCGUCACAAUGACGGCGCGUGAUUUCCAACCGGGUGUCUCGUAUGAGCGCGACUUCACCCUGUGUGGGGCAUGCAAUGAGAAUCUGCGGAUGCACCAUCGGCUGAGUCAUCAGAAGUACUCACUCUUCAUGGCGUGCACGCAGAAGGUACAAGAGCGGGGCACGCAGGAGCCAGGCAAAACCAGUACGACCAUUCUCAAUGAACUCCUUGCGGAGGAUUCAUGGCUCGAAGAGCUCUUCCGGAAUGUCCGUCAGGGAUGGGUUGAGAUUGAAAUGCUCGUCGAUGGAGACGUAGCAGUUCGCUUCUAAAAAGCAGUUUUAGAAGCUUCCACAACAGCUCCAAAUCCUCGGAAUUCCAAAUAAAAACAAAAAGAUUUACUUAACAAAAGGAAAAAUUACUGAAUUAAAAAAAAUCAAAGGAAUUUUAGAACAGAAGAUCUCCGUUUGAAAAAAAAAAGAAAUUUCUUUGCAGACUUGGAAGUUGCAUUUUAGCAUUAAAAUGAAAUACAAAAGAAUUUUUCACGUGGAAAUCUCAAAAACAAAAAGUAAAAAGAUGGGAAAGAAAAUGAAAUUUAAGGGAAAAUCCUAUAGAAGUGAAUGAAGGAAGAAAAAAUAAGAAAAGUUUUAGAAUUUAAAAAAUAAAACUUAUUUCAUUGUCUUUGUAAUUUUUUUCUCAGUGAAAUAAAAUGAUUUUUUAAAGAAAGAAAAUAAAAUUUAAAGAUGA